AGUAUUUUUAUCUUGUUGUUGUAGUCUACGGCGCCUGGAUAUGGCCGACAUGGGAAGUACGCUACUGCAAGAAGACUAUAUCUACGACUUACCGUACAGCGUCACAAGGGCUAUAUAUGGGUCCAUGGAUGCUGACAAGUCUUGGGAAGCAUUAGCUAGUGAAGCCGGUUAUACUUUUGAAAAUAUAAAAAGUUUUGAGUUGGAAUAUCAGAGAGGUGGUAGUCCGUGUAAGGCAUUGCUAUGGGACUGGGGGACUCAAAAUAUCACGGCCAGACAACUCUACUUCAAACUGAGGAAUAUAAACAGGCGCAGGGAGAUGCAAAUAUUGGAAAAUUAUUUCACAACGAGAAGUGUAAAUCGAGUUGGUUUAAAAGAAACAGAAAAUGAGGAAGUUGUCCGUUUAGACAGUCUUAAUUCCACAAUAGCUUCAGCGCUUCCAAGACCAUCACAGAAACACAAAGCUAAACAGGAGAAAGUUGUCAAAGAGGAAAGCGAGGUCAACUUUAAUCAGCCGAGUUCCCAAAUUAUCGGUUCGCGUAAACUCCCUCUCAGAAGUAUGAGUUCUGUUGAGAAAGAUAAACAUUAUGACGAUAAGAUCAUCCCGGGCCAGGAACCUGCCAAAAUUUUGAAAAUAAAAGAACAUGUGAAAAGUGAAGUUAUGAGUAAGAAAAAGCAGGGGAGACAACCACAAGAAAAUAUUUCUUCAAUGUUGGCAUCGAGUUCGAAUCCCACGGAAAGUAGUGACUCUUCUUUUGAUCUGUCUUCCAUUUCAAAGGGUUACUCAAAAGACUCGCCGAGUAGUCUGUCGUUAAACAGUGACAAUCUUAAUGUUAAUGCUGCCAUGCUCAUGAGCAGUAGUAAAACGCACUUUUCAUACGAAGAACUGUAUCGUUCGACCAAUGGUUUUAGUGACAGCGUAAAAAUUGGUGAAGGAGCGUUUGGAAAGGUUUAUUACAGUGUUUUACGAGGAUCAAAAUGUGCGAUCAAAAAAUUAGAAAUGGUAACCAAAGAUUCAACUGGCAGUGAGAAAAAAACAGGUCAACAGUUAGACAAUGAAGUGUGUACAUUAUUAAGUUAUAGACAUGAGAAUAUUGUAACACUGUAUGGGUAUGCUAUCGAUGGUCCAUCAUUAUGUUUGAUAUAUCAACACAUGGUUAAUGGUUCAUUAGAAGAUUGCUUACAGUGUAAGAAUGGUAGAGCCCCUUUAAACUGGGAUCAGAGAAUAAGAAUAAUGUCCGGUGCUGCUAAUGGUUUACGUUUUUUACACAAGAUGGGAGAUGUUCCACUUAUACAUGGUGAUAUAAAAAGUGCUAAUAUUUUGUUAGAUAAAAAUUUUGAAGCUAGAAUAGGAGAUUUGGGACAAGCUCAGCAUGCUAACAGUGGGAGUGUAACGGGGCAGAUCACGCAUAUUACCAAAAGUUGUUCCAAUACCAAAUUAUAUGGUACUAAAGCAUACUUACCACCGGAGGUCCAUCGGGGAAAUUAUAAUCUUUCGACAAAAUUUGAUGUCUUUGCUUUUGGAGUGGUUUUGUUCGAAACCUGCUCCGGUGAAUCUGCUUAUGACGAAAGAAGAGAACCAUAUAAAUUUCUGGCUGAUUAUGUACAUGAUAGAAUUCCUGAUGAUGCUGAAGUAGAACAUGUUGAAAUGUUCCGUGAUAAGAAAGCUGGUAAACCACCAGUAGAUAUAGUAUUAAAUAUAUUGAAUCUAGCGCUAACUGCUACAGAUGCCAUCAAGAAAAAGAGACCAGUUAUGGAUGAGAUUGUUGAUAAAUUAGAAGCUUGUCAAACCAAAUGGAAUCAGGUAUAUGCUUCGUUACCAGAGAAUCAAGGUUUAUCGCUAAAUUUAAACUCGGCCCAUUUCUCGUAUUCAUCUGGCACCGAUCAAAGUGUGGACAAUAUGGCGGGUAACGUACAACAGCUGAACAAGAAUGUAGCCACUGUCACUAGUCACGUCACAUUAGAAAAAUCGGAACGACCAUACAGUCCAAUUGAUUACUUCAACAAGGAGCACAAGUCGUUACCGGAACCAUUCCGACUUCAGAUGCUGUACGAUCAAAAAAGAAAUGGGGACAUACAUGAAAUUUCCAAGGAAGAAAUUAAAUUAUACAAGAAUAACACUGAGGAAUUUGCAUAUGUGUCUGAUCCCAAAAAGUUAGCAGAAAUUGAAAGAAGUGACAAUGAAUUACAAACAGAAGAUAGAAAAAAUGAAGAACUUGUGAUGGAAUGUGAUCCUGAAAAACUUGCGAAAUUAAAAUUAUUUGACUCAAAAAAUAUGGUUGAGGAAUCCUACACCAAUAAUCCCAAACUUCAAGCCAUAUUAGAUUUUGAUAAGAAAAAUAUUGAAAAUGUGGCAUCAGAUCCUGUUUCCAGUAUGCCCAAGACUGAGGUCCAUGUGGAAUCGGAAAGUCCGGAUUUGGAGAAUCAGUCAUUUCCUGGAGAAGAGACCGAAGAUGAACAAUAUUCAGAAGCUGUUGAAAAAGGAAAUUUGAAAAAGAGAAGAGACCAAUUAAUUGCUAGUUAUAUGAUGAGUGCUGAUGAUGAUGAUUGUGUUGAUGAUGAUUGUGUUGAUGAGGAGGGGGAGGAGGAGGAUGGUGAUAAUUAAGGUGUAACGGAAAAUAACUACAGUUAAAAUACCAACGUAAAUACCAAUAUAUAAAAACUUCAUAAUAAUUACCACAUUUAUGUUAUAAGUGCAAGAAUAUAAUUCUAGACCAAACAUUGGCGAUUCAUGUGGG